AUGGUCUUGGCACAGCUGCUGCUCCUGAGUCACUUUCUCGCCGGCCUGUCGCACCUGCCCGCCGACCCGCCUCCCUUCGCCAACAUCAACGACAUCAACAGCAUCGAGGUGGACGCAGGGUGCCCCUACGGCUGCGUCCGCUGCUCGCCCAUCAACGGGUGUCUGGCCUGCAAGACGCCCUUCUUCCUCCUCCUGCGCAGGGACGGACCCCGGCAGACGGCGUCGUGCACGAGGGCGUGUCCCAAGGGCUUCUACAAAGUGACCAAGAAGAGAAAUGGUUUCUGCGCCAAGUGCACGAUGCGGGGCUGCGCGGAGUGCGACCGCCACCACUACUGCUCCUCCUGCGCCGCCGGCUUCGUCAACUUCUUCGGGAAGUGCAUUCCAAGCCAGCCAGAGAACUCCCUCGAGAGGCCUUACACGAGGAAGACCGUCUACUCCCCGACCCUCGGGACGUCGGGCGCGCCUCCAAGUGCGAGAGGGACGCGCCCUUCGCACAGGACAGCCUCGAGGACGUCCUCCGCCCCGUCAGCUGGUCCUCCGAGAGCCCCGUCGGCCGGGCCCAGGCGGCCCCCCUCCCCCGGUCCCGCCAGGACGGCCCCCUCGGCCCCGCCCUCCUCGCCGCCCGCCCUCCUGAACUACUCGAGGCCGUCGCCGGCGCUGCGGGGGAGGCCUCGCCGCCCGGAGGAGAAGCGGCCCUGCAGGAAGAAGGCGGCGAAGAAGGACAAGGCCGGCAAGGACGGGGGCCGGAGGAGGGACUGGAAGGGCAGGAAGAAGGAGAGGCAGAAUAAGGGCAAGAAGGGCCCGAAGGCCAGAAGGAGAGGCUGCCGGAAGCGCGCAAAGGAGAGGAGAAACGGGCCGAAGACUCCCCGAAACGCGACGCUUCCCCGGGGCGAAUCCUCCCCCGAGAGCCCCGACUCCCCGCCCGGCGAGUCCCCGGAGAGAAACCCAACCCAGGGGCCUCUCGCGGCGACCACCCCGCCCACUGAAGCCCCUUCGAGACGCGGAGAACAGCCUCCGCGCGAAGAGCAUCACACGGAGAGGAGACGGCCGCCCGAGGACCCGCCUGACGGGGAGAGGGAGAGAGGACCCGCCCGCGCCGCCGAAACCUCACGCGCCGAUGUUAAAAGGACUCGGACAGAGAGGAUUCGGCCGCACCGAGAGCUCGCCGGACGCGCGGGGAAGGGCCUGGGCACGGGCGGAGGCCGCUCGACGCAGGUGGCGCACGCGGGGCUUCGGUGGCAGGGGCUGGGCGCUGGCACAAGGCGGAGGACGCGAGCGAGGCCGUCCCCUCCUGCAGUGACGCCCAAACUUCCGUCCAGGCAUAAAAGACGCCACAAGCACGACCCGAGAAGACGUAUCCCACCCGCGACACAAGCGAAAACAAGGCUUUACGCAUCCUCGGUGUAAACAUAAACCUGCUUUAAGAAAGAAAGAAAGAAAAAAACAAACUUCGAAAAUACCCAGACAUAUAUAUUCGUUGAUUCCAACCCUGGGUGAGCGUGUGAGGCGCAGACGGACGCUUUCUGCUUUCAACAUUCUUCUAAGCUUUUUCCCUGUUGUACCCUAAAGCUUGACUCACACCUUGGACUCCGCUCGACAAGGGAAGCUUCGUCGGAAUGAAAAAAGGAAAACAUUUGGGGAAAAUUUCUGGUUUCGAAUGCCACAAACUAAUACCAGAGGGGACUGACAUUUCCCCGUAGCGCCCGUGUCCAACGCUGCUGUAUUUUUCCUGUCUCUAAGGAAAUAAAGAUUGCAAUAUGUUCUUUUAUGACAUAUUAUUUCUAUAUA